AUGGCAGUCCUAAACUUCGAUGCAUUGAGGGAUUUACACGAUUCUGCCAACGAUUUGCUUCACUCGCCGGUAAUCAAACGGGAAAUCGCCACCCAUCGACAGGAAAAACUCGUGCACGAGGUUUCCGAAGCGUCGCUAAGAAUGCUGGAAGUGUGUGGGACCACAAAAGACGUGGUUCUGCGGGUGAAAGACCACCUUCACGAUCUCCGGUCGGCGUUCCGGCGAAUCAUGGUCGGAGAAACGGCGUGCGGGGAGAGCAAGCUGCAGGUGUACCGGUGCGACCGGAAGAAGCUGAGGAAAGACAUGAUGAAGCGGAUGAAUUCGCUGAAAGGGAUGCGGAAGAAGAACGCGUGCUUGGCGGCGGCGUUCGUCGCCGGCGACGGGGAGCGGGAGGAGAUGAGCGCCGCCGCCGCCGACGAUCUGAGGGCGGUGGUGAACGUGCUGAGAGAAGUGAGGGCGGCGACGAUCGCGAUGGUGGAGGCGGUGAUGUCGCUGAUGUCGAUGCCGUGCCCCGACCGGCCGGCGGCGCGAGGGUCGUCGCCGUCGUCCUUUGCGGCGAAGCUGAUGAGAGUGAACAGCCUGAGCCGGUGGGAGAAAUGCGACGCCGUGACGCUGCAGUGCGCGAAUACGAGGUUGGAGGCGGUGGAGAUGGCGGUGGGGGAUCUUGAAUGGGAGCUGGAAGCUAUAAUUCGAAGACUCAUCCGUACAAGAGUUUCACUCCUCAAUAUACUCACAAACUAA